AGUUUCAAGCUUUUCAUCCAUUUCGUUGAUGCGGGAUGGGUGAACGGUUAUUUGAGUUUGAUGUACACUUCGAUGGAUCUUUUGCUUGGCCACCUCUAAGGUAUGAACGUGAUAUAGUCUUGAAUAUGAAUACAAACAAAAUGGGAUAUCAUGAUUUUCUUGAACACAUAGAAAAGCAAAGAGGAGAAAGUUUCAAUGCUAUUUAUUUCGUACUUCCACAACAACCACUUGCUGGUCAUUUGAUAAAGAUCGAUGGACAAAAUGAAAUUGAUAUGCUUUUUCACAUAGGAUAUAUGUAUGGUAAACUGCAUAUCUACUUGGACCAUUUUAUGGAUGACCUUACUGAAUUUCUGGUGGUACCCUCUAAACCUAAUGAUGGUGAUGUAGAAGAUGAAUUUGAUGUGGCUGAAUACCUUAUAAGCCAAAGUCAGCCUGCUGCUAGCUUAGGUGUUCAAAGUCAAGUUGGAGGUCAAAAUGAUAAUGUAAGAGUAGAAAAUGAUAAUGCAAGAGUAGAAAUUAAUAAUGUAGGAGAUGAACAUGAGAAUGCAGGAGUAGAAAAUGAUAAUGUAGGAGGUGAAAAUGAUAAUAUAGGAGGUGAAAAUGAUAAUGUAGGAGGUGAAAAUGAGAAUGCAGGGUCUGGAAAUGAGAAUGCAGGGUCUGAAAAUGAUAAUGCAGGUUCUGAAAAUGAUAAUGCAGGUUCUGGAAAUGAGAACACUUUUUUAGCUGUCAUGUGCUCUAAUUUUUUUGCCUUGGCUGUAGAUUAUCAUGUAAGCUGUUAACAAGACAUGUAUUACUCGGCCCUGUAUACGGCAUAAAUUAUUUCAGAAUGUAAUGUUCUUAAUUAAACAAAUACAGAAAUCAAUUAAACUCUUGAAUUUC